CCUUCCCGUUGUGCGGACAUCCAUCCAUAAAAGCUCGUCAUAGCCGAAGGAGGAAUUCAAAAAUGAACAGGCGAACGAAAUGCGCAGCGGGAGCACUACAAAAAGGCAUGCACAGCAUCAGCAACAACAAGCAUGUUUGUAUGUUUGUGUGUAUGUAGACAAACAAUCAAGUACCAAUGAUAGCAAUGAUUCGCUCUCCGCUGUGGUCAGAUCUCAGCUAAAACGAUCCGAUCAGCUACAUAUGUAGUCAAAUUUGAACCUUUGGCGCUGCCGCAAGUUGGUUAUUCAGUGCUAUUGGUGCUGGCUAUUGUUCACUUCACUAAGUACAAGCCAAAUCUCGACACAACGCUUGAAGCGCGGCGUAGUUUGCACGCUUCGGUCAAAUCGCGAAUUGUGCCAACAUUGUGCGGUUAGUUUGUGAAACGCUGCGAGACGCGCUACAAUCGUAACACUUCGAGCUACUAUAUAAGUACAUAUGUAUGUGUGUAGCUUACAAAAUUGCUGGGAAAACUCAAAAAUGUGUGAAAAUAAUUGAAAAGCUUGCUUUAAAAGUGGUGAACUUGUUUUUAAUAUUAUGUGCAUGUGUGUGCGUGUAAAAAGUACUUUUCCGUUAUAAAACUUAAAUGUCAAAACAUUCGUACAAAUUAUGGUGCAUUGGAGCUAAAUAUUGAAUAAUCCAAGUUAUGUAUCAGCAAUUUGUGAGAUCUUGAAAUAUAUCGCACGUUUGAAGAACGCAAAAAAAAUAAUAUCCAAAAUAUAAAAGCAAAAACGAAAUGCUAUGACGAACAGCGUGAAGAAAAAGUGUCGAGAGUAAUAAAAUAAAAACUGCGAAUUAAAGGAAUUUAACAACAUUUUCAAACUCAAAGAAGUGUUAAGAAUUCACACAGUAGUGUAAAGUAAAAACGUUUUGAUUUGCAUUCACGCUGUGCCUCUCAGAGCCGCCAACAUUUUAUCGAUAGCCUGUCCCGCUUCGCUGCCCAUUUGAACUGAUAAUUUGAAAAAAACAACAACAACAGGUUCCAUAACGAAUAAACGCAAACUAUUUAUUGAAAGUCAUUAAAGUGACGAAACUGGCUAAAGGAAGAAAUCUCACAAUUUGUAUGCUAUUAAUAUUAUAUAAAUUGAUUAAAUUAACUAUUAAGCGACGGCAUAUUAGACAAUUUACUACAACACAAGAACAAAGUUAAGCAAUUAAGCCAGAGGAAUCAGUGUGAGAAGAACAACGAAAGCUACCUUAAUACAUACGUAAAAUAUUUAUAUGUAUAGUCGUAUAUAUUUUGAUGCACUCUCAUGAAACUACACUUCCACUACAAAGACACAGAAAAAGUUUAUAAAAACAACAACUUCAUUAUCGAACGUAAGCAGAUCAGCCAUAAUCAAAUUACAACGGAUAUCGUUACGUGUUAAAGGUUCCUAUAAUUAUUAAAGCAACAAACCGAAAGCAACAACAACAACAAAAAUGGCUAAAGAGCUACAUACACUUGGUUGGGACUACUUCAUGUUUGUAUUAUUCAUUCUAAUUACCGUCUUUGGCCCACUUUGGAAACGGAUUUUUGGCAAGAAAAAAGAACGCAGCAAGGCUGAUUAUGUUUUUGCCACAGGUGGCAUAUCCAUUGUGGCAAUUAUGUUAUCAAUUGCACGUGGCACGCUGGGCGUACGCACGGUACUGGGUUAUCCCAGUGAGCUGUUCUACCGCGGCUCGGCAAUGUGGGAGAUUAUCUACGGAAUGGUCAGCGCGUAUCCCAUUGUGUGCUUCGUUUUUGUGCCAGUUUAUUUUAAUCUGGGCAUAACGUCCGUCUACCAGUAUAUAGAUUUAAGAUUUAAGAGUCGACUGGUGCGCUGCCUGGCUUCCGCUACCUACAUUGUGAGGCAAAUAUGCAAUCUGGGCAUUACCGUUUACACUCCCAGCGUCGCGUUGUCGACCGUAAUUGGCAUUCCCUAUUGGGCAUCCAUUGUGGGCAUGGCUGUGAUUUGCAUAUUUUUCACCAUCAUGGGUGGGCUAAAGGCAGCAAUCAACGCUGAUGUCAUACAAACGGCAACGGUGAUUGUGGUGACAUUAGCAGUUAUUGUGAAAGGUCUCAUGGCGAGUGGUGGCGCGCAACACGUUUACGAAGUGAAUCGAGAUCAUGGUCGUUUAAAAUUCUUCAGCGUCUCUGGCGAUAUGACUGUGCGUGUGGACACGCUCUCCGCCUGGCUGGGUCAGUUAUUCAUGUCUUUGUCACAAUUUGGCUGUCAGCAGAACUUCAUGCAACGAUACGUCUCGCUGAAGUCCAUGAGUCAGGUGCGCCGGGUAAUGAUGACAAAUAUACCCAUCGUCUUUGUAUUCUUUUCACUCUCCUGGAUAUCGGGCAUGGUUAUCUAUGCAACCUAUGUGAACUGUGAUCCCUACGCUGAGGGCUAUAUACGUAAACCCGAUGAGAUUUUACCCUUCUUUGUGGAGGAUCAAUUGGCGGUGAUUCCCGGCUUCGUGGGCAUCUUCAUGGCAAUGCUCUUCAAUGGGGCCUUGUGCAUGAUGGUCUCGAAUUUAAAUUCAUUAGCCACCGUUUGCUGGGAGGAUUUCAUCUCACAACUGCCACAAUUCAAGGGGCUCAGCGAUAAGCAACAGCUUUUCAUCCUCAAAGUCAUAACCGUUAUUUGUGGCUUAAUCAUCAUGGGUGUCGCUUUUGGCGUAGGCCUACUGUCGGGAGUAAUUGAAUCAUCGUUAUUGGCAUUUUCGGCCACAUCUGGUCCAUUAUUGGGCUGCUUUAUGCUGGCUAUGUUGGUGCCGAUUGCUAAUUGGAAGGGUACUUCAGCUGGCAUGAUUUCGUCUUGCGCUUUCGUGCUUUGGAUUAUCACUGGCAGCGCUACAGUCGACAAGAGUGGUCAGAAUCCUUUCCUGCCCACAUCCACAGAGGGCUGCACAAACACAACUUUCUCACAAUCAAUCACAAAACCUAAUGAACUCGGAGCAGCGUGGCUACUUUCGCAUUCGCUUGUCAACGAUACUGCACCUCUACAGCAAACCAUCGUAGCACCUGAACGCACCCCAUUGGAGACCUUCUACUCCGUGAGCUACAUGUACUACAGUUUGCUCGGAGCUGUAAUUACUGUCGGUGUUGGCAUUAUAAUCAGCUACCUCACACGCGAUCCAAAGGAUGCUUACGACGCCAAACUCUUGCAUCCAGUCAUAUUGCGUUGGUGCGAAAGUUUUCCCGGUGAUAAACCGUACAUAAUAGGUGAGGCCACCAGCGAUUUGACAACGGUGGAUAAAGGAAAAGGUGCAAACGUAAAUCACGGAUUUGAUGUUCAAAAUGACGCCAACGCCAUCAUAGGCACCACCAAUGAAAAACAGAAGCACAACCCAAUAGAGGUUAUGUUUACCAACGGACAAAGUGACCACAAAAAUGACAACACUGCUGACCGUUGCAUAGCCACCGGCAACCUGGCAAGGGCGGCCGAAUUGUAUACACCCCCCAGUGGCGGCGAGAAUGGCACCUACCGUCAGUUCAAAGAAAAGGAAUCGGUGUGAUAUACUAAAACGAACGCACUGAGUGUGUGACCAUUGAUAUUCACAUCAUAGCGACUUAAGCAAAUUUACUUAAUACCUUAAUUAAUUUUGGCCUUCGCUAAUAUACGAACUUUAGUGUUAGUAAUGGUUAAGUCUGAAAGUUACAAAUAACUUAAAAGAUUCUAAACUAACUGUUAGUCGUAAUUCUACAUUUGUACUACAAAUACCAUAAAAUAUUUGAAUGCAAACGUAUGUUUAAAAACUUAGUUAGCUAAGUCAUUUUAAAUGGAUGGCGAUAAGUGUGCGAAACGAUGAUGAAGACACUGUGAUCAUUAAUUAAAUUGACUACCUACAUAUACUGAGCAAUUCAAACUACAUACAUAUAUAUGUAUGUAUGUACAUGCUCACUACAUAUACAUUUAAUUAUGUAGUUAAACGUUCAUAAGUAUUAUCGGAGUAAAAACAAUUUAAUAUGUUCAUAUGUAAAUUCAUUAGGGCGGAUCAAUUUUUUUAACAUCAUUCCUAGCAAAUUCAGAUUAUGCAUAGAAUAAGAAAAAAAACCACUAGACCAUAGCUCUAAAGCCACUUUUGAGCCCCGAAAAUUUUAAAGGAAGCUCACCCCUCGGCAGGCAAUGGCACACCUCCGAGUGUAUUUCUGUCAUAAAAAAGCUCCGCAUAAAAAUAUCUGCCUUUCGAAGUCGGCUUAAAACUGUAAGUCCCUCCAUUUGUGGAACAAUACCAACACACACGCGACAAAUAGGAGGAGAAGCUCGGCCAAACACCCAAAAAAGGGUGUAAGCGCCAAUUAUAUAUUUUAUUUUUAUAUUUAAUUAAUAGGAAGCUAAUAUGGAGACUAAUAUUUACUUUAGUACUAUGACAGUUACUUUUUUUUUUUUUUUGUUUUGUUUUUUUGUUUAAUACAAAAUUGUACUUGGAAUUUUUUUGUUACGAAGAAUUUACUUUGUAUAUAAAUUUUUGGCGCUAACUAUUAAAAUUUUUUUCUUGUGAUUUUUUUGCGUGGUUCGAUUUAAAUUAAAUGAAAAAUGCUUCGAUAAAAAAUUAGAUUAAAAAAGAGUUUUUUGUUACGAAGAAUUUACUUUGUAUAUAAAAUUUUUAUUUCAAAAACCUCAAGAUGGCGCUAACUAUUAAAAGUUUUUUUUUUUCUUGUGAUUUUCUGCAGGCUUUUGGUCGAUUUAAAAUGAAGAAUGGUUCGAUAAAAAAUAAGAUUAAAAAAUAUAUAAAAAUACAAUUUACUUUGUAGCGCGAUCUUGCGAUUCUUUAAAUGGAAAACUAUAUGUCCAAAAUACAUUUUUUUCGUUGCAUACGAUGACGAGCUUUAUAUGGAAGAAAAUUCCCAACAUCGUGUAUAAAAAAAUAUCCAAUAUCAAUGCGAUUGUUAAGCGGUUUUGAAUGUUCACUUUAUUGUAUUAGAAUUGAAAAAGUUUUCUAAAAGUUUGUAUGAGAUAAAACAAAUGUUGAUGACAAUUUCUUGAAAUUUGUUUAAUUUCUAAAUUUCGCAGUAAGUUGAAACUUUUAUUUAUAAGAUUUUUUGUAUCAAAAAUCAAAAAAAAAAAAUUUAUUGCGAAAAUUGUAAAUAGAUUAAGUGACUUAGUUUUGUGAGCGCAAAUGUAGCAUGUCUCUGAAUUUGUGGUGAUCGAAAUUGGCAUUGCAUUAUUGGGCUUUCUUUCUUAGAACGAUGUCGAACAAAAUAAUUCGUUACAAAUUGACCCGCCGUAAUGUAAAUACAGACAUGCAUACAAACAUACAUGCAAUCCGAAUAUGGUUAUUUAUUAAUAUUAUAUAAACCGUUAUACAUAUAUACCAUGUAAGUAUGUAUUCAUGCAUUAGAAAUAAGAUUUCGGAAAUAAAAUGUAUAUUAUUUUUUUAUCCUUAAACAAAAGUCAUUUGUACAUUUUUUGAAGGACUUUAAGUACAUAUGUAUACAUGUGCACACAUACAAAUUUACGCAUAUAUGAAUUGCAAAGACAAAUAUUACUAUAAAUACAUAUAUAUAGGUAUAUAAGUACAUGAAGCUUAUGUAUUAAAAAAAAUCAUACUCAAGUAAAUAAAUUAAGUUGUAAGGCAAAGCCUGAUUUGAAGAAUAAAUAAAAGGAAUUGGAAUUCAUUUAAGAAAUGAGGAAAUUAG